GGAAAUUAGACCUAUAAGAUUGCUGACAAUUCAAACAGCCUUUCUACACUUGUUUCCCCUUAAGUCUUGAAUAAGAUCUGGCAAUUUUGUGUAUUGUAGAAUUUCUAUCACGAUGGGAUCAACCAGUGUCCUUUUAAUUGGCCGGUCAAGGUCGUGGUGACACAACGGCGGUUGUGACCGCCCUUACGCUAAGAAAACAUCUGCUAUCGUUGACAGUGACAGUGACAGCCUGAUAGAUUCUGUGCUGAUACUGCUGAUAACAAAUCUGACAGUUGCCAAAAUCUAAUUCAAAACAAGUUUUUUAAUUUAAUUUUAUAGUGUGACAUAAUUUGUGAUUUUACCCUAGCUUGAAUGUUUACAUGCAAUGUUUAUCUGGUAAAAUAGCUACCAUUUUAACAUCACUAACAUUUCAAUUUAGCAAAGAUGAUGUCAGACGAGUCAGAAAAUGAUGGUGUUUAUGUAGAUAAUCAAGAACAGGAUCUAUAUUACAAAAAAUACAAGUUACUAUUAGAGGAAUGUUCACAGUUACAAAGGGCUAACGAGAUACUAGUCUUCAGGAUCCAGGAAGUGAAUAAAAUAACAAAACGUAGAUUGAAGGAUGUUAAAUACCUCAGAAACAGGCUAAUGCAAAAUUAUGAUGAGGACUGGAGUGUCAUCCCAAAUACUGAUUUGGUUGCAGAAGAAGAUGACAAAAAAGCUGUAGGACACCUUAUAAUGAAGGACAGAAUUAAAGAAGAAAAACCUGAAGAAGAAAAACCAGAGAAAAAGGUAGUAAAAAAAUCAUCAAAAAGAAAAGCAGUGAGGACAGAAAAAGACCCAAAUGCUCCUAAGAGACCUUCAAAUCCAUUUUUCCAAUUUUGUCAAGAGCAAAGGCAGAUACUGAUGGAACAGAUAACUUCAGAGUUGAAACCUGGUGAAGUAGAACCAACAAAACAGGAGUUGACUAGGCAAUUGGCGCUCAAGUGGAAGACAUUGUCAGGACAAGACAAAAAAAUCUAUGUAGAUAGAUAUGAAAGGUCUAAAGAGAAAUAUGUUGCUGAACUAGAGGAAUAUAACAUGAAGAAGUAAUGUUAUUCUUUGUAUAUGAUCUGUGAUUUUUUUUAAAAAUAUGGCCUUUUUCACAAACAUCAUUUAUGUUUUGACAUCUAAUGGGGUGAACAGCUAAUACACUUUUCACACCAAACAUAGUCAAAAACUGUUUUUUGUUUCAAUUUUAAAAUGCUAGAUAAUCACCUGUUAUUUGCUGCCACACCAUCUUAUACCCUAUUUCACGAGUAUCCAUCAUGCUUUGACGUUUACUGAGGUGAACAGUAAUCAGCAAGUGACAUUUUUGUGUAGGUCUAUGACUUUGGCAAUAAUGAAUCAGAUAUAAAUCUAGUAAAACUUGUUUGUAGCAUAUUGUUUUUUUAUACAAAUGAAGGUAUCUAAAUAAAAGAGCUGUUAGCAAAUACAAAGUGAAUCUGUUGCAUACAAAAACCAAAACAAAAUAUGGUUCUGACUACCUGACGUUGACGGAUCCGUCAGAAUUAUGUGUCUUGUGCCGAUAUGGGGAAUUUUGAGAUAUUACUAGAUGAAUGAAUGAAACAUGAAAUUAGAGGCAUACUGGCCACCAUAAGGAGCCAGCUCACAGGCCACCUAGACAGACCCUUGUGUACCACAUUCCUGAGACCUCAAGCCUCGCCAUUCUAGCAAAGUUGAGUAUGGCCUUGUAUGCAAGCUCCUCAAGCGAUUUUUAUUUUUUUGUCCGUAGUUCCGUCGCAACUGAAUCAAUUUUCAAAAUCUUCAACUACCUAAACCUAAAAGAUGAAAGUAUUGAACUCGCGAUAGUAUGCAUCUUCAGUUUGCAAGUCUUAUGUUGCUUAAAUAUAUCUGCAUCACACAAGUCUGCGUUUCUCAUUUAUAUCGGCAUAAUAAGUCAAUCUACUUGACAAAAUAUUGAGUGAUCAUAUAUACUGAGUAAAACAAAUUAAGUCGGCAGUGGCCUACACGACGAUGCAGCGUCGCGCACCCAACGAACAACGAUUGCAAGAUAUUUCGAAUUAUGAGCACAUUAUAGGUACAUUGAGCUUUUAUCAUUUAAUUUUCCCGGUGUUACCAGAAUCAAAAGCUUCUUAAUGAUAGAACGUCUUUGACUAAUACUAAAGACGCAAUAUUUACAACCCCCAAUUUUCAACCCCUAACAUGCUCAGGAGAUUUUGAAACAUCUAAAAACAAAAUUGUAGCGAUUUUUUGUCCUCUUUUUUCACCCUAUGGCGUAGGAAGUAAAAUGGACGUAUUGAAGAUCUAAAAGGAGAAUUUUGAAGGUUAAAAUGCCUGGUUUUUGGAUCUUUUAGUCAAAACAUAUUUGAAGCUGUAGGUUCCACGCAAUCCUAGGAAGAAGAGUGCAAUUUUUUAUUUUCUUAAUAUUUCUUUGCUAGGCUAUUAUAGGCUCAAUAGCCUGUUACAACUUCUAUUUGAUCUAUCAUCUAUAUAGUGCAUUCUAUAUUUAUCUGUCAGAUAUAAAGCGGUAUGAGACAGGUAAAUAUUACAAUAUAUUUCCAUUUUUUUUUUGUUUGUACUGAAAAAAGUGACCGAAACGUCAAUAAACAGUUAAUCCUGCAUAUGCAGUUUCAGUUAACAGGUAGUUAUUAAAUAGGUGGUAUACAACGAUCAAAGGGACCGACAGUAUGUUUUCAAAAUUAUGCCGGAUGAGGCAGUAGAACAGACGUUCUCAAAAUGGGCGAAUGUCCCCUUGUAGGCGCUGGGGACCUACGGAAACUUGGGAGUGAACGAAUGAAUGAAUCUUUAAAUUAGAGGCAUUCCGGUCAGUAUAAGGAGCCAAUGCAUAGGCCGCUUAAACGGGCCCCUAUGCACCUCUACAUUCCUUAGAUCUUGCCUUUCUAGCGAAGUUGAGUAUGGCCUUGAGUCCAAGCUCCUCAACGUCCUGGGGGUCCAAAGUGAUGGACCCCAAUAUAGUCUGCCUGUAGUAGAGCCUCAGUGACACAGAACGUGCGAAUUCUCUUCCUCUACCCUGCAGCGCUCACACAAGGGAUCCUCAGUCACCUCCAUCACGUGCAGGUGUCACCUUAACGUGUUAUGGCCAGACAACAGUCCCACCAGCAAUCUUAGGUUGGCUCUAACCAAAGAUAAGCAGAAACGACCAUCCUUAGCGUUGGAACCAACAAUUAGUUCCCGUGCCUGACGUAGAUGUCUGGAGAUGCUUCUCCAUUUCUGAGAGUGUUAUCUUGCAAUCCACUCCUCCAUUGUUAAUCUAACGCUUAGCGCGGGCAACCCUGGCUCAGGAUCAACGAACUUGCUGGCUGAUCCUGCCUUCGCCAGAGCGUCCGCCGUCUCAUUGCCCUUUAUCCCAGCGUACCCACAGUAACGGUACCGAAUCCCACGCUACUAGACAAUCCAGAACCUUCCUGCAUUGCAAUACAAGGCUCGAAGUAAUCUUACAGGCACUUAGUGCCUUCAUUGCAGCCUGGCUCUCAGAGAUGAUUGUUAUUCUUCUCCUAGACCCUAGACUCACCCCCUCCAAAAUUAGGAAUAGACAAACCAGAAUCACAACGAUUUGCGCAUGGAAAAUAGUGGUGUAUCCACCAAGAGGCAGAGUUAGCCUAGUCCUAGUCCCCGAGAUCCCAGCGCCAGAGCCCUCUUCGGUGAGUCCCCAGCUACCAGCGUCCCACUCCUCCCUCGUUGGAUACUUACUAGAUAAUCAGCUGUCAUUCUACCGCGAUGGAUACUCGUGUAAUAGUCUAUAGAUGGCAGGAUUGGCUCCAUAUGAAUAUGUGUAUCACUUAGGCAGCUUAACCUCCUAUACUCCUAUCUCUAAUCUUUGACGUACAGGAUACGUGAAAAAGAUCAGCGAUUUAUACCGUCAAAUAAACCUUAAUAUACCUUUAGUUAGUAGAUAAUGCCUGAAUACUAUAAUCAUGUAAACAGCAUAAGUGUUUUAUUCAUCUCCAUCUGAAGUUAUAUCUGAAAAUACUGGUCUUAACUGAUUUCGAAAGUCACACAAUUUACAAAGCUAAGCAUAUGAUUUACCA